AUGGUUGCUAGGGGGUUUUUGCAAAGCGAUGUUAUGGAUGCAUAUGUUGAAAUGAUUGUGAUUGCUGAGCUGCCAUUUUCUUUUGUAGAAAAGAAAGGUUUUAGGAGGUUUUGUGGUGUUGCUUGUCCGAUGUUUAAAGUGCCUAGUAUGAGAAAAACAGUGAGGCAGUUUCUUAAAAUGUAUGAUGCACAAAAACAGCAGCUGAAGAAUGAUUUAAGUGCACAUAGGAUCAACCUCACGAUUGACACUUGGACAAGUGUCCAAAACACCAAUUACAUGCUGCAAAAAUUUGUUGUGGCAAUUAGGAAUGCUGUGAGGUAUGUUCGGUCAUCUCCACAGAGAUUGGAUUAUUUUAAAACCUCUAUUGAGAAGGAGAAACUGACCUGCAAAGGUCUUGUAUGCAUGGAUGUCCCCACAAGAUGGAAUUCAACAUAUAUGAUGUUGGAUGCAACCUUGAAAUUUAAGAAUGCUUUUACUAGAAUGGCAGAGGAUUUGAACAACCCAUUCAUGGCUUAUUUCAAAGAGCCAGAUGAGGUAGUUGAUGAGGAUGGUGUAGUUCAGACUAAUAGUAGGCAGUGUCGGGUUGGACCACCAACUGAUGUAGAUUGGAACAAUGCAACAGUGUUUGUGAGGUUUUUGAAGAUGUUUUAUGAGGUGACCUUAAAGGUGAGUGCAUCUUUACACCCCACAAUUCAUAAAACAUUUCAUGCAGUUAUUUCCAUAGAAAAGGAGAUUGACAAGUUGUUUGUGGCACCUCAAUUUGCCACUGGUUCAGAUGCAGAGAAAGUGUUGACUGCCUUGUACGUGUCAAAGUGA